AUGAUUCUGGAGUGUUCACGACGCUUGCUCUCAGACCACCAGUGCAUAUCCGCCUUCGAAACCUGCGAUGUGGAUCAACAAAAUACUCGUCCUCUGAGCUUAAAGACGGGCGAUUUGCAGUGUGAUCGGUGUUGGUUUAGGCGCGCCCAGACAUUACAGGAGAUCGGGGACUCUGAUAGGAUCAUAGCUAGGGAUACACCUGACGGACCGCUGCACCGUGUCAAGCGAAUAGAAAGGAAGGAAAACUCCAAGGGGGAGAUGCUGAAGAGCUUUCACUCGUAUCUAAGGUCCUCUGAGCAACAGCGACCCAGCCACUUGGCCAGUCAUCGAUGGCAUCAACAUGCAUGCACACUGAAGGAAACUGGCCAUGAGAAGAUCGUCGAGGGAGAUACACCCAAUGGCCUGCUGCACGUCAAGCCAAUGGAUGGGAGAAACUAUGAAGAUGAGGAGAUACUAGCAAAGUUUCAUGAACAGCUGGAGUCGCUGAAUAAUGAACGAGCUGCAAAUGAGAGGUCAUCGGGGUCGAGGUUGUAUACCCAUAGAUGGACCGCUGGUGCUGGUAGCAGGGAGGGCGACCUAACAAUCGGGGAAGAACGGACAGGAGCCGGUGUCAAGGCCUGGAGAAACGAUAGUUUUCUCUGCAGACCGGCAGCCUCUGCUUGGGUGACGAACCCGUUGGCAACAAGGAAGUCGAUGUUCGAGGCCGUCUGCGAGGCGGUGUGUGACGCAGAACCAGAAUGUUGCGAAACAGGUGCGGGAGGAAGUAAAGCGACAAUAUGGGCUGGGAAAGGCAUCACCGAUGUUGGCAGCGCAAUUGUACCAUAUGAUGUUGCACCCUCUCCUUCUUGCUUCAUUCCUCGCCGAUGGAAAUAG